CACAUAAGGUAGUCUAGGGAUUAUUUUGCAAAUUAAAGUGUAUGUCUCUCAUUCUUGUUCAGUGGGAGUAUCAAUUUAUUAUAAUUAAUUAGUUUUCUCGUUAAGAAGAUACUUGCAGUUAUUAUUUUUUUGAUUACAGGUAUUGUCGAUAACACUUGAUCGCGUAUGAUUACUAGAUUAGGACACAUCUUUCUUCCUUGCUUUUCUGAGGAAAAUGGCGCUCGUGAAUAACGAAGCUGUAGAAGUAAAGAAAUUAAAUUAUGGUAGAGUGAUACUGACUUUAGAAAAUUGUAUAUUGCCACCAAAUAAACAUUCUCCCACACCUUCUAUGCUGGAUGGUCUUGAUCGUGAAACUGAACAAGAUUUACGAAUUUUGGGAUGUGAUCUGAUUCAAACAUCAGGAUUUCUUUUGCGAUUACCUCAGGUGGCUAUGGCAACAGGACAGGUGUUAUUUCAACGAUUUUAUUAUUCAAAGUCUUUUGUGAAGCAUGGAAUGGAGGUUGUGGCUAUGGCAUGUAUUACCUUAGCCUCCAAAAUAGAAGAAGCUCCACGAAGAAUUCGUGAUAUAAUAAAUGUGUUUCACCAUAUUAAACAACUCCGAACCGGAAACUUACCCUUCAGCAGUGGACUCAGGCAGCCUCCAGCAGUACUCCUCUCAAUCUGGGGCUGACUUGUGUGCUCCACUGGCCAUGGGUGACCAGCAAGGCAUGGUUUGUAUGAACUAGUCUUCAUCUCCAACCUUCAGUCUUCCACAGAGAUACUUCCAGCUUGCCAGCAAGAAAUGAGACACUUUCUGUAUCUUUGACUCUUAUAAAGAAUGGUUGACUAAAAAGAAUGGUUUUCUUCAACCAGGUAACUUGGGUAACUGUUUUGUAAAAGGGUCAUCAACGGCAAUAGACGUAAACAUACAGCUUUUGCCUAAAGCUUAACAGGUUUAUUUUGUAGUUUUGCAUCAAAUGAACAAUUGAUAAUUUUUACUUUCAUUUGUUUCAUUGUAUUUCUUGACUUCAGGGCCUGGUCCCAAAACUGCUAAUGUUUCUGAAAGCAAAAUUGGUUAUGAAACUUGGCAUAACUGAAAUUGUUAUAAUGUAAUAAGCUGACACUAUAAUUCAUGAAUAUCUUUAUACACUUUCCAUUGCUAGUAAUGCAUUAAUAUUUUUGGUUUUGAAAUUUAUAUUUGUGAAAGUCAUCUAAUUGAAGGAAUGCUGUGUGCCUUACGUAACAGAUAAUGAUUAUAUAUAUGUAUUUAGUCAGUGGAAAUUCCAAACACACUGAUAUUUGAGAUACAUAGAAUAGUAUAAAACUUAAAAUAACACAAAAUUUAGUUUUAACAGAAUGGAUGAUUUUCAUACUUAAGACUUUAAAACUUUAAUCUGGCUCU